UUUUGUGUCACUGCGACACCGCAGCAUCCUUCAUGUGUGAUGCGACCCGACGGGCUUUAGACGGCAUGAACUCGGUCAGUGCUCGGUGUUUGAGCCGGUGAUGUCCUCCUGCAUCACCCCACUGUGAUCGUCAUCAUGGCGGCUUCGAGUUACAUCCAGGACAGCGCCACAGAGAAGGACAGGCUCCUCUCCUCCGUGUCCAGCUAUGGGUCCCAGGACCUUCUUGGGGGCGGGGACCCUCGUCCCACUGUUCUGGUGGGCUCCGAGCCUCCUCAGAAGCAGCAGCAGGAGGAGGAGGAGGAGGAGGAGGAGGCGCUGAGGAGGAAGCUCAAGUACUUCUUCAUGAGCCCUUGUGACAAGUAUCACGCCAAAGGACGCAAACCUUUCAAACUGGGCCUGCAGCUGCUCAAAAUCCUCAUCGUCACCGUGCAGUUGGUGCUGUUCGGUCUGAGUAACCAGAUGGUGGUGACGUUCAAAGAGGACAACACAGCUGCAUUCAAACACCUCUUCCUGAAGGGUUUUAAGGACGGCGUUCCUCAGGCCGUCCACACGCAGGAGGAGCUGUACGGCCGCAUCUACUUCGCCAUCGAGCAGUACAUGGCUCUUCCUCAGAUCUCACUGGGCCGGUAUGCAUACGUGUCGGGCGUCGGUUUUAACGGAAGCGCGCUCUCCCUCUGCCAGAGGUACUACAGGAAGGGAACCAUCGACCCCGUCAACGACACCUUUGACAUCGAUCCCAGAGUCGUCACGGAGUGCAUUGGACUGAAUCCACUGACUGAAAGUUCAGCUCCAGGAAACAGUGACUACAAGAAUUUCACUCUCAAGUUUUACAAGCUGAUCAACGUAUCCAUUGACUUCCAGCUGAAAGCCAUCAAUAUUCAGACCAUUAUAAACAAUGAAAUCCCCGACUGCUACACCUUCGCCAUCACGAUCGUCAUGGAUAACAAGGCGCACAGUGGCAAAGUUAGGAUCAACCUGCUGAACCAGGCCAGCAUAAAGGAGUGUAAAGACCCCAACGUGUCCGGACACGCGGAGAGCUACGCUUGGGAGUUCUUGGACGUGCUGGUGGCGUUCGUCUGCCUGCUGUCUUUGCUGCUGUGUGGACGCUCCAUCCUCAGAGGCGUCCUGCUGCAACACGAGUACGUGCAGUUUUUCAAACACAGACUCGGCCGCAGCGUGAGCUGGGGAGACCGAAUGGAGUUCAUCAACGGCUGGUACAUCCUGCUCAUCAUCAGCGACAUGUUCACCAUCGUCGGCAGCUUCAUCAAAAUCGGCAUCGAGUCCAAGAAUUUGUCAUCGUAUGACAUGUGUGGGAUCCUGCUGGGAACCUCCACCCUGCUGGUGUGGGUGGGAGUCAUCCGCUACCUCAGCUUCUUCCAGAAAUACAACAUCUUGAUUGUGACUCUCAGAGCUGCUUUUCCAAACGUCAUCCGCUUCUGCUGCUGUGCAGCGGCCAUUUAUAUGGGCUACUGUUUCUGUGGCUGGAUUGUUCUUGGGCCGUAUCAUACUAAGUUUCGCUCGCUGUCCAUGGUGUCAGAGUGCCUGUUCUCUCUCAUCAACGGAGACGACAUGUUUGUCACGUUCGCUGAGAUGGAGAAAAGCGGCACGCUGGUGUGGAUCUUCAGCCAGGUCUACCUGUACACCUUCAUCUCGCUCUUCAUCUACAUGGUGCUGUCCCUCUUCAUCGCGCUCAUCACCGGAGCCUACGACACCAUCAUGGCCCAAACACAGGAGCAGGUACGAGUCAGCGACCUGCACACGUUCAUCGCAGAGUGCACGGACACGCCCAGCUCCGGCAAGUUCCGCGGGCCUGAAGGGUCGUCGUGCUCCUUCCUCUGCUGCUUUGACUGCUGAAGAGGAGGAGGAGCAGGAGGAGGAGGAGGAGGAGGGG